AUGGGCCUGACAAAGGAAGAUAAUAUAAUCUUUGGAGGCAAUCGCAAGGCUUAUUUGCCCGAAGUUGGCAGGAGAUGGAAAAUGUUGUACAAUUCGAAUGAAUCCUCUUCAAGACGGACACUUUCUGAGACAUUCGUUAUCUGGCGGACAUACACCGUCGAAGCGCCGCUUCUGCUUCUGUGCAUCCCCAGCCACUGCUCGACGGGCACAGCGAUGCAUCUGGCGCUGAUAGUCGUCGCGGUGCUCGCCGUUGCCAUUGGCUUGGCCAGCGGUCAACAAAUAUCCGAGGAUCGCUGUAAGGAUCGGUCAUGCUAUCCGAUCACUGGAAAUCUGUUGAUUGGACGAAAGCAUCGACUGAAAUCUUCAUCCACUUGUGGAACGAGGGGAAGAGAAAGAUUCUGUAUCGUAUCCCAUCUUGAAGAGCAAACGAAAUGCUUCUAUUGCGACUCUCGAACUGAAUGGCGACCAUACAGAGAGCCAUAUCGGCUGAGUCACAGGAUAGAAAAUGUCGUUUCCGAUGGUUACGAAGAUAAAAAUCGUAACUGGUGGCAGUCAGAGAAUGGAGUUCAGAACGUCACAGUACAACUUGACCUUGAAGCUGAAUUUCACUUUACUCAUCUUAUCAUGACAUUCAAGUCUUUCCGCCCUGCUGCGAUGAUCAUUGAACGAUCGGCAGACUUUGGCAAAACUUGGCAAGUAUAUCGGUACUUUGCGUACGAUUGUGCCGGAACGUUCCCAGGCAUUCCGGAAGGUCCACCAAAGAAGCAUACUGAUGUCAUCUGUACGCGAGCAUACUCUGAUGUUGCUCCGUCAACUGGAGGAGAGUUGGUCUACAAAGUCAUUUCACCACAUAUCGCUACCGCCAAUCCUUAUGCUGACGAAAUAGCCAAUCUCCUCAAGAUCACCAACCUUCGAUUCAACUUUACAAAAUUGCACACGUUGGGUGAUGAUUUGCUUGACUACAGGCCAGAAAUUGAAGAAAAGUACUAUUAUGCCAUAUAUGAAAUCGUCGUUCGUGGAUCUUGUUCUUGUUAUGGCCAUGCUUCGCGUUGUAUACCCAUCGAUGACAAUAACGAUCCAGCUCUUAAUCGGCCAGAUAUUGUCCAUGGUCGUUGCGAAUGCAUGCAUAACACCGAGGGUUUGAACUGCGAAAGAUGUCGCGAUUUCUUCAACGAUCUGCCAUGGAGACCGGCUAUCGGUGAAGACACGAAUGAAUGCAGAAGAUGUGAAUGUAACGGACAUGCAGCUAGGUGCCACUUUGACAGAGCUGUCUAUCAAGCUAGCGGAUAUCAGUCUGGUGGAGUUUGUGAUGAUUGUCAGCAUAACACGCAAGGUAAAAACUGCGAACAGUGCAAACCAUUCUUCUACCGUGAUCCUCAACGCCCCAUCACUGAUCCGUAUGUAUGCCUUCCCUGCAGCUGUGACAAAGCUGGCUCCCAGGAUGAUGGAAUAUGCGAGAGUGAAGAAGAUCCGGAGCGCGGAUUGGUCGCUGGAAAAUGUUACUGCAAACCUAAUGUCGACGGACCUCGUUGUGAUCGCUGCAAGAAUGGUUUUUGGGACUUGCAAGCGGCUAACCCGGACGGUUGUGUCCCAUGUACUUGUCAUCUUCUUGGCACUUACAACAAUGAAGGAUGUGACAAAGCCACUGGUCACUGCACAUGCAAGCGACUGGUUACGGGAGAGAACUGCGAUCAGUGUUUGCCUGAGCAUUAUGGCCUUUCGGAAGAUGUUGAUGGAUGUAAGCCUUGCGAUUGCGACAUAGGAGGAUCGCUGAACAAUCAAUGCGAUCUGGUUACCGGACAGUGCACUUGCAGAGAAGGAUUCAGCGGACGAAGAUGCGACACAGCUGACUCGAGCUACUAUUGUGCGGACAUCGAUCAUUUCACGUAUGAGGCCGAGAAUGCUGAGCUGACAAACGCCGAGAUUGAACCAAGGGAACAUCCUGGAAAAGAUGAGGCUAUGUCAUGGACUGGUGAAGGCUUUGCUAGAGUGAAUGAAAGGAGUUCAAUCAGCUUCAAAGUGGGCAACUUGCAAACAUCGCAGAAGUAUAAUAUUAUUCUACGAUACGAUGCCGCAAGAGAUCCCAUAGGGUGGGAAAAUGUGCAGGUUACUGUAGUUCGUCCUGGCCCAGCAAGUGGGGAAUGUGCUGGCAGCGAUCCUUCUGAUGACUACCUGAUUGCGCGUUUACAUCCUGGAGGUCGUUAUACGGAGCUGUAUCCGUCUGUGUGCCUGGAAGCCGACAAGAAGUACGAGAUCCGUGUACAGUUUGGCGAAAAGCGCACUGGAGUGCAGGAUCGAGGUGCAUGGAUCUUGAUCGAUUCUAUGGUCUUGGCGCCACCGACAGAAGAACUGCACAUUUUCAAGGGCUCUGAUCAAGCUUUGCAACACAAAAUGGAGUACGAUCGCUAUCAGUGUCGUAAUUUAGUCAUGUCUCUUGCUCCAAAGGGACAGCUUAGCGAGACCUGUGAACGUUACAUCUGCCCUGUCGCUGCUGCAGUACUGAACCGUACCAGUUCAUGCGAUUGUGACCCAACUGGCUCAGUAUCUGGUAUUUGCGGUGUAAAAGGAGGACAAUGCGAGUGUAAACCCAAUGUUGUUGGAAGGCGGUGCGAUCAAUGCGCUGUGGGCACUUACGGUUUUGGACGUUCGGGCUGUACCGAGUGUGCGUGUGACUCUGUUGGAUCACUGCACAACCGAUGUGACAAGCAAAGUGGGCAGUGUAUGUGUCGUGAAAAGGGCAUCUAUGGACGUCAGUGCAACCAGUGCCAGCCAGGAUUCUGGAGCUUUCCCGAUUGCAGAGUGUGUCAAUGCAACGAUCAUGCCAACAUUUGCGACCAGCAGACGGGAGCUUGUAUCGAAUGUCGUGACCUUACGGCUGGGCAUUAUUGCGAUCGUUGUCAAGAUGGCUACUAUGGAGAUCCUAGGCUUGGAGUUGGUCUGCCAUGCAAACCUUGCCCAUGUCCUGGCGGACCUACCAGUGGUUUCCAGCAUGCAGAUACUUGCUAUCUGCAGCGUUCUAAUAACACCCAAGAUGUUGUUUGCAACUGUCGGUCCGGCUAUACUGGUGAACGAUGCGCAGAGUGCGCUAUGAAUUACUGGGGCAACCCUACAGAAGUGGGCGGAUCAUGCGAGAGAUGCGAUUGUAAUGGAAACAUUGACAUGGCGGUUGAGGGCAGUUGUGAUGCUGCUACCGGUGAAUGUCUCAAAUGUCUUCACAACACCGAAGGUCCUAUGUGUGAGAACUGUAUGGAUGGAUUCUACGGUGAUGCUAAACUCAAGAGCUGUCAGAGAUGUGUUUGCAACAACCUCGGUUCGAAUCUCACCGCUGGAACAUGCGAUCGCGUUACUGGUCAAUGUCCAUGCCAUCCCAAUGUCAUUGGAAUGCAGUGUGACCAGUGUGCAGAGAACCACUACGAUUUGAGCAGUGGCCAGGGAUGUUCUAAAUGCGAUUGUGAUCCUAACGGUGUAGUGCUGAAAGAAGAUGGAACGCCAGAAUUGCAAUGUAAUCAGUUCGAUGGAAGGUGUCGGUGCAAGAUUGGCAGGGGAGGAAGAACCUGUUCUGAAUGCGAGGACUACUUUUGGGGAGAUCCAACGUCUCCAGAAGGUUGCAAGAGAUGUGAAUGUAAUCCAACUGGUUCAGCCAGUCAACAGUGUCAUCGCAACAACGGAACUUGCGUUUGUCUACCAGGCUCUGGAGGAGAUCUUUGUAAUGAAUGCGCUCGCGGAUAUACCGGAACAUGGCCAUACUGCCAGCCUUGCGGUGAAUGCUUCCACCAAUGGGACGAUAUUAUCCAAGGCCUAAAAUCGAAAGUUGAAAAUCUUAUCAAUACUGCCAACAACAUCGAAGAUACCGGCGUGGCUUCUGCUUACGAUGAAGAGUUUGAAAAUAUGGAGAAGAUCUUGGAAGACACGAAGAAGAAACUAUCUGAUGCAAAUGUUAGCAAAGAGCACAUAGAGGAGUUGGACAAUGAAGUAGCAAAGCUGAAGAAGGAGGUUGCUGGUGCUCGCGAAAGAUUGGAUAUAAUCGAGGCUCGAGUGUCGAAUGCUACCCAGUCUGUCGAUUUUGCUCAAGAAGAUUUGAAACAGCUUCAUUUGGAUGCGGAUCGUCUCACGGAAGCCGCAGUUGACUUACAUGAGAAGACAAACAAGAUCAAGGAAGCUGAUGUGCAGGGUGCCUAUAACAUUACAAGAGAAUCAGCAUCACGCUCGUUGGCUGCUCAACGUCGAACAGACGCAGCCAUCGGCAAAUUGGCUGAAGCGGAAAGUGAAGCUAGAGAUGCCGACGCUCUACUUGAAAAGAACAGAGAUGAUUUUGACAAGCAGUAUUCUGAAAAUGAGGCAGCGCUUGCUGAAAGCGAGAAUAAUAUCCAUAUGCUAGAAGGAGCAUUACCUCGGCUGAAUGCGGAAGUUUGCGGUGGAGAAUCCGCUCCAUGCGAUGCGCUUUGUGGAGGUCCUGGUGUAUGUGGCUUCUGCGGUGGGCAAUCUUGUCUAGCCGGAGCUGUGAGUAAAGCAGAUCAAGCAAGGAGCUUUUCCCUCGAGGCUGAUCUGAAAUUGAAUGAGAAGCAGAAGGAAGCUGAAGAGGUCCUGACCCUCGUUCGUGAUGUCCUGCAUUCCACUGCUGCUGCAAAGAAAGACGCUAAUGAAGCUUUGGAAGUAGCACGAGCAGCGGCUCAAAGGACAAACUCGUCUCGGGCAGAGCUGGAUCAGAUUGUAGACCAAAUGAACAAUUUCUUGAAGAGCUCCAGGAGCUCUCCAGAGCAAAUAAGAACGCUUGCUGAAGAAGUACUUUCGAAGAAGAUCAGCUUGACUCCUGAACAAAUAGCCGCUCUUACAUCUAAGAUUCGUGAUUCGCUAGCCAAAAUCAGCAACAUAGGCGCAAUUCUUGCUGAAACAAGAGGAAACAAAACGUUAGCAUCAAAUCUGGAAUCAAAGGCUCUGGAGGCAAGUGCUCGUGCCGCAGCUAUCAAAAAUACCACAGAUACUGUGAGAGAAGCCAUUCAAGUGGCUGAAGAAGCUCAACUUGCAGCCUCCGAAGCCAUCCGAUCAGCUGAUGAGGUGAUGAAGCAGGCAAAGGAACAUCUCGAAGCCGCUAAGAAAGAAGCUAAUGCUACCGAAACCCGCGCUAAAGAAGUCAACGCAAGCUUGUCCACACUUGAAGGUGAAAUGAAGAAAGUCAAAGUGCAGUAUCUUCAAAUUGCCGAUGACGCUAAAAAUGCAUUCCAACUUGUUGACAAAGCUCUGCAAGCUGCUCAAACGGCUGAACAAGGGAAUAAACAGAUGACAAUGGACAUCGAAACAGCACAAGGACUUCUUUCGAGUAGGACACAAGGCAAUGAAGCUCCACAGAAAAGAGCAGAAGCGCUACGACAACGAGCAGCGAAGCUUUUGUACAAGGCGCAACGGCAUAGUGAUGACAUUAGUGCAUUGACGAAGGAUGCUUCCGAUGUACGACUCGAUGACUACCAACGAACAUUAGACGAACUGAAUUCUCGUCUAGAACAAGUCACGAGAGAUAUCCAUACAAGUACAGAAUUCUUCGCCAAUUGCGACGUGUAAGCCAUAAGCUGCCAUUGUGCCUCCUCAUCUCACUGCCCUCUUGUUAUUAGGCUCCCCAAGAUGUUGCGUUUUGCCAUUUCUCAUGAGCCUUUGUUUCUGAAUUUUGUUGUCAGAUUUAGUUUCCGGUAUUAUGAAACGAUACCUAUUGUUGUUGCUAUUCGAAUAAUUUAUAAUGUUCAAGCAUCUCGUCGCUUUCGGACUUUUCUAGCCCUUAUAUGUAUCGAUGGUUCUCAUUAUGUCUUAAGCUUCUUUCUAUCACUCGCAUUUGCAAUACUACUGAUUCUCGCUGCCUUAUUGGUGCUUCCUUCAAUUCUAACAAAUACUGCUGAGUUCUUUGAUCUGCCUAAUUUAACACUGCGAUCAUAUAUACACUGUCAUUAAAAGUGCAAUUAUAAAUGAAUAAUUUCAAUUA